GAGCGGGAGCCGCGAGCCUGAGAGCGGCAAAUGGCGGAGGAGAAAGGCAAAGGCCCGAGUCAGGACCUGAAAAAUGAAGGGAAUGAUCACAUCAACCUGAAGGUCGCGGGGCAAGAUGGCUCCGUUGUACAAUUUAAGAUAAAGAAGCACACACCGCUGAGCAAACUGAUGAAAGCAUACUGUGAACGACAGGGCUUGCAGAUCAGACAGAUCCGCUUUCGAUUUGAUGGACAGCCAAUAAAUGAAACUGAUACGCCAGCCAUGUUGGAAAUGGAAGAUGAAGACACCAUUGAUGUAUUCCAGCAGCAAACGGGAGGAACCUGCUAACCUCAUGACAAUAAUUUAAUGUAAAUAACGUUCCAUACACACACAUGUACAUGUUCUUACAACACACUGUUUUACUCUAUUCUGCACAAUCUUGCUACAUUUCGCUGUAAUAAAAAUGUGGGAAGGGGGGGGAUAAGGAGCUAUGUGAAGUUACCUGAGUACAACAAAUUGCUUUGUUUUUCCAUUGCGUUUUAUUUUCAGCAUACAGAUGUUUUCUUUGUAUUUUGGAUGAAUCCGAAUAAAGUUGGUCUUAUAUGUAGU